CUGCAAGCUUGCAGUUUUAGCUUCAGCAUGUGCCUUUCCAUCCCAGGUUUUCAGAUAUACUAAGAUCCAUCUGAAGAUCCAAGUGAGAGAGAAGCCAUUGGAAAUUUUCAUGUGGUCUGGACCUGUAUUAAUCCUGUCUUAAGUAAGAUGACAUCAAAAUUUGCUGUCAUCAUUACCCAGUUUUUCUUUGGGUACAUAUUAAUACAUGUGAAUCAUCUUUCAGCUUCCUUGUUGAUCGCAUCAGUGAAUACAAAUGGUUUGGAAUGCUGCAAAAUCUGCAUUCAGCCUCCUCCUCCACCACCUUUCCCGCCACCGUCUUUAAAAUGGAUAUUCAUGAUACGAAACCAAGCGAGACAGGAGGAGGUUUUGUUACAUUUGCCCUCUGCACCAAUGACUGAACAUUUCAAUGGAUGUGAAGAUCUCUAUUUAUCAGCUGUUCCUACAGCUGACACUAGAUUGCUGAGCAUUAGAGGUCCAAAGGGUGAAAAGGGACAGAGAGGACAAAGAGGCAGUAAGGGCCUCCCUGGUCAAGUAGGAUUAAUAGGACCUCCAGGGUUGCCAGGCUCUAUUGGACCUCCAGGACAAAAGGGGGAGAAAGGGAAUAGAGGCUGGGUUGGUAUUUCAGGAGAAAAAGGAAUGCGAGGAAAAAUAAAGGGGCAACAGGGACAGAAAGGUGCUAAAGGACAAAAAGGAAUAAAGGGUAAAAAGGGAACUCCCGGUGAAAAGGGUUCUCCUGGAUAUUCUGGACCUAUUGGCUAUAAGGGUGGUAUAGGGCCAAGAGGAAAUGUUGGCUUAGAUGGAUCAGAAGGCCCGAGAGGAAUACCAGGAAAAAGAGGAUUAUCAGGAAUAAAUGGUGACUCUGGCGUCCCUGGGAUCACAGGGCCUGUGGGUCCUACAGGUGCCCGUGGCCCACCUGGACGACCUGGAUCACCAGGACCAGUUCAUAUUGUACCUGGACCAAAGGGAGAAAAAGGUCAUCCUGGCCUUACAGAGAAAUGUACCUGUGUGCAGCAAAAUAUUCAUCAACCAGUGAAUAACUCAGAAUAUAUUGAUAUUUCAUCUAUAUAUAUUGUGAACAAUGAAGAGGAGCUGUCCCACAUAAAACCAAAAAAUGUGAUGGUCCUAAGAAGAGAUACUCGCACUUUAUACGUCUACAAUGAAGCUGGGUGGAUCAAAGUGCAGGCAUAUCUACCAGAUUCUCAUCAGUUCUGUGGGGAUGGUGUUCUUCAUUCAGAAUACGGGGAAGAGUGUGAUGAUGGAAACCAGGAUGAAUCUGACAAUUGUAUAAACUGCUUGAAUGCUUUCUGUGGAGAUGGCCACAGGCACGUGGGAGUAGAAGAAUGUGACCAACUUGAUUUAGGACAACUUACAUGCGCUUCUUACUUGCCAGGGUCUUACGGGAUCUUGAAGUGUGACAGAUACUGCAAAAUUGAUUCAACAGACUGCCGUUUUUUCAGAGACUAACUUCAAACCCCCUUUAAAAGCACUGACAUCUUAUUUAUCCAACAAAAUGAACAUCAUUAACUAUGGAAAAUAAUACAAAUGAAUGCAUUCUAGCAUAUUAAGACAAAUAAUGAAAGUAAUGUGUAUAUAAGCAUCUAUACUCCUCAUUAAAAAAAUGACACCAGUCCAAUGUACAGGCGGUUCCUCUGCUUCCUUGCAUGUUUCAAAAUGUAUAUAGUCAGAACUGUCUGUUUCUUUCAAAUUAUCUACUUCACGUCUCAACUGUUGAAAGGACUGAAAUAUAACCUCAAAAUGUGCUUUAUUACUGAUUAGCGGUCUAUCAACAUCACAAAAGUGAAAUCAGUAACUAAAAAUCACUUUUUACUUAGAUUAAAAUACAAAUAGAAACACAUACAGUUAUAAGAAUCUUAGUUACAGAAAGCCUCCCUAUACUGACAUGGCUGAUAUUAAAAAAAUAUUUAUUAGUGGGGGGGUUUUAAGUGUUAAGUCUUUGUCACAUAACAUAAUUAUGAUUAUUUGUAAUCCUGCACAAGACCAACAUUGAUAAAGAU